AUGUUGAAACAUCCGUGGUGGAAAACGAAACCGAAACUGGCAGCCCGAGGAGAGUCUCUCAACCGAAGACUCAACAAGAGAACCGACAACUUCUCCAACUCUCUGAGAAACUACCACCAGCUGUUCAUCGGGACCAUCAACAACGCUCAGGAGAUCACCUUUCCGUCUGCUCUCCACGCUACAGAUGUGGCUGCCAGGCGCAGGGGGCUCCUUUCCUUCGACGACCUGGGGACGCUGUUCUACGAAAAGGCAGCCACGGGAGACGACCCCGAAGCUAUGGCGCUCGUCUGGCAGCUCUACCAGGAGAUCCUGGGCUCUUCUGUGGUACUGGCUGCGGAAGCAGCCGUAGGACAACAAUACAAGAACAGCUGGCAGGAAAACGAAGACAAGAUGCACAGUCUCAGAUUAGAACUCAACUGUCGAAUGGGAGAGAUCCAUAGGCUGAGACAGAAGCUUGGGAAAGAUGCCGUCUCCUGCGGAACGGACUCUAGAGACGUCAAGGUGCUCUUCAAUGACAGAAACAAGCCUCUACAUAUCACCGUCAGCAAGGAUCACAUAAGUCUCAGUGAGGCCAUUGAAUCAGAAGCCUUUAAAACCCAACAAUCUCCAGAAACUGGUUCCGACUGCUGCACUCUUGAUACCAACGGUGGUUCUAUCAUGGAUAAUAGCCCUAUGACUCUAUCGUCACCCAUUUCGAUACCCCUUUCUUCCUCAGCGACAACAAGAGGUAAUGAAAGAGUUCUGAGUGCGCCCGAGCAGCCCAGCUCGUCGCGAUACCUUAGCACCAAGAGAUUUCCGUCCCUUGUGAGCCGCCUGACUCGCAGAAAAGUGAGAAUCUACUCAGAAGUGGACGUGGUUCAACCCGUGUGGUACCCCAAGAGUGGAGGAAGUGUGAUGACCAAUGGCAGUGUUAGAACACGAUAUGAGACCGGCUCAAUUGCGCGCUUCAAGGUGAAACUGAACCCUUCCACGUGUGAUACCGUUGGUCAGCAGACAAAAGAGUAUCGAGAUUGGGCUGUAGCCAAGGCCGAGAGAAAGUACGGGGAGUUGUUUGUUCCUAGUUGA